GUGAGGAUCGCGAGGUUCAGCUUUGGACCAGCUCCUCCGACUGAAGCUCACCGUUGUGCACGAAUAAUCUCCUUCUUUCGUUUCUUCGCUGUCUGGCAGCUCCCUUUUCAUUAUGCCGAGCCUCAAGACGGAGAUGAGCAAGUGCAACAAUUGCUUUGUGAGUGCAACGGAGAAACCACUUCAAAAGUGUGGUGGAUGUAAGGCAGCGAAGUACUGUUCAAGAGAAUGUCAGAGAGCCGAUUGGAAAAAACAUAAAGCCGGAUGCCAAAACAAUGCAGAGCUUGAAAGGAGGCUGAAAGAGCACCAAAAUACUCUGCUCGGAGCGAUGCAUCGUUUCAUACUCCCUGACGGUAUCACCAUGUACGAACUCGAUCAACGCCUAGAGAAGUGGGUUCGCUUUCAUAACCCUAUUCUCAUGUGGGCGGCGAUACACGCAUUAGGUCUUCCAACGAGCCUAUCAAAUGCCCGGACUCUGGUUCUCUACGUCAAACUCAAGGCGAACGACCAAAAGGUCCAUGGUGGUUCUCCAGCAAAAUACUUCGCUAUUGAAGAGGCAUAUGCUGUGCCUAUACAAGAAGCUAUGACGUGGGAUGAACCCUGGCCAGAGUCUUUGUUACAGCUCAAGGGCUUGCAGGACCAGAGCGAGAGCCGGCGUCAAGGUAGCGUCGCUGCUGCCAUGGUUGAGUGCAAACCCUUGGCUGUCCAAACGGUGCCAUUCGGUUCACUCAAGGAUUUGGGAAUUCCGAGGGCCAUCACAGGAUGGAAAGAGAUACUGGAAGAGCAUGUUAGCCAGGGGAAGAAGAUGUCUCUUCGAUGAUAAUUACUGCAAACACAGGUGACAGCUUCCACUCAAUGCGUCUCAUACCAUACCUACCAUUCACUUCCAUCUUGUUUCCGGGGUAUCUUUGUACAUACUGCAGCAACCCGCUUUCCUUGAUUCAGCGGACAGCUCCACUUUUUAGACUAUC